GCGCUGUCGGCGGCUCAGGCUGAGGGCGGCCUGCAGGCUCCGGCCUUUCGUACCUCCGGAGGGACCCUUAUGCCGGCCUCCGCGGGCAGCGGGGGAGCGAGCGUGCGGCCCUGUGCCCUUGGAGAGCCGUGCCGCGGGGGAAGGCGCGGAGACAGCGCGCGACCCCAGGGGCUGGGGGCUGCGGCCUCUGCAGGAGAGGCGACCGAGCCAGGGCGUCCCGACGCCUUGAGACGAUCCGUUUGCUCCAGGUGUGGGUGUAUUCCCGUUGCCCUUCGCUCUAGGACUCCAUGCGGGGCUUUGCUGCCGGGCCGCGCCGUCGGUUUGUAAAAUCCUCGGGCCGCUUCGUACCUUUUACUCAGUGUCUUUAGAUUGGUCCGUUCUUAGCUCUUGUAAUCGGAGUAUUUCCCGGAGUAGCGUGAAUUAACCUGGAGGUGGCUUGCAAAGCACGGAAGUAAAGUCUUGGAAUUUGCCAUCUUUGCCUGUGGUGUAGCCUGUGUUAGAAGCGGCGGCUUCUCCCUCAGGGCCACCCAGGGAGAUCUUGACGGGGAGCCUUGCUUGCAGCACUGACAAAGCUUUUGCACAGCUAUGAUGGCAUCUACUCGGGCUCUCCAGGCCCACGAGGACCAGGAUGACCCUUUGGAAGUAAAGAUUGAGGAGGAGGAGAAGGACACCCCUAGACAGCAUCAGAUCGUGCAGAAGAACAGCACCCACAGCAGGGAGGUCUUCCGACAGUACUUCCGGCAGUUCUGCUACCAGGAGACCUCUGGGCCCCGCGAGGCGCUGAGCCGGCUGCGGGAGCUCUGCCGCCAGUGGCUGCGGCCCGAGACGCACAGCAAGGAGCAGAUCGUGGAGCUGCUGGUACUGGAGCAGUUCCUGACCAUCCUGCCCGAGGAGCUGCAGGCCUGGGUGCGGGAGCAGCAGCCGGAGAGCGGGGAGCAGGCGGUGGCCGCGCUGGAGGACCUGGAGAGGGAGCUGGACGAGCCAGGAGAACAGGUCCCAGUCCACACCGAGGAACAAGGCCAGCCCUUGGAGGAGACGGCCCGGCUGGCAACAGAACAGGAGCCCGGCGUGUCCCUCCCACCCCUGAUGGCAGAGCUCAAGUGUGAGUCUCCAGAACCUGAAGCCCCGCUGGAGGAGCCAGUUUCAGGUGUUGAGAUUGGGAAUGAGUACGGGAAUUUAAAGCAAGAAAUUUCUGAAGAAAUGGAACCACAUGAGAACAUGUCUGCAUUUAAACGUGAAGUGUUCUGGCCUGCUCAGUGCAGAGAAGCUGACGAUCCUGAGGCAAAACCAGAAGAGUCUUCUGGACACUCCAGGGAUGGUGAACAACCUACCGGUGAAGGAAACAGAGUCCGUCUGGAUGAACAGCAGAGGCUCUGUCCGGAAGGAAAAUCUCAUGAGUGCGAGGAGUGUGGGAAAGCCUUCAGUCAGCACUCGCGCCUCGUAGAACAUCAGAGGGUCCAUACUGGAGACAGGCCUUACAAGUGCGAGGAAUGUGGAAAAACGUUCCGUGGGAGAACUGUGCUUAUCCGGCACAAAAUAAUCCACACUGGAGAGAAGCCGUACAAGUGUACUGAGUGUGACAAAGCCUUUGGCCGGUGGUCAGCUCUUAACCAGCAUCAGAGACUUCACACAGGAGAGAAGCACUACCACUGUAAUGAGUGCGGCAAAGCCUUCAGCCAGAAAGCCGGCCUCUUUCACCAUCUCAAGAUCCACACGAGAGACAAACCGUACCAUUGUACUCAGUGCAGUAAGAGUUUCAGUCGGCGUUCGAUUCUUACUCAGCAUCAAGGAGUUCACACUGGGGCGAAGCCCUAUGAGUGCAGCGAGUGUGGAAAAGCCUUUGUGUAUAACUCCUCCCUGGUUUCCCACCAGGAGAUCCACCACAAGGAAAAGUGCCAUCCGUGUAAGGAAUGUGGGAAAUCCUUCAGCCAGAGCGGCCUUGUUCAGCACCAGAGGAUCCACACUGGGGAAAAACCUUACAAGUGUGAUGUGUGUGGAAAAGCCUUUAUUCAGAGGACGAGUCUUGUAGAACAUCAGCGAAUUCACACUGGGGAGAGACCUUAUAAAUGUGAUGAGUGUGGGAAGGCUUUCACGCAAAGAUCCGUCCUCACGGAACAUCAGAGAAUCCACACUGGGGAGAGGCCCUACAAGUGCGACGAGUGUGGGAACGCCUUCCGAGGAAUCACCAGCCUCAUCCAGCACCAGAGAAUCCACACUGGGGAGAAACCCUACCAAUGUGAUGAAUGUGGCAAAGCCUUCAGACAGAGGUCAGAUCUUAGUAAACACCAGAGAACCCAUGCUAGAGGUGGUCCUUGUACAGGUAAAGAGUGUGGGGAGUCGUUCAGGCAGACCUCAGCUCUUACUCAACAUCAGACUACCCACAGAGGAGAAAAACCUGUUCCUGUAUGAUGACUGCAGGGCGGCUGUGUCCCAGAGUGCAGGCUUUGAAAUCGUUUAGGGCAAAAUGCCAGUCACUGUUGCUAUAAGGAAGCCUCAGAUAUUGAUAACGGAGUCCCUGUGUGCCGCCCAUUCUGUCAGGUGCUGUGGAGAUCAAGAAGCAGAACACCACAUUCCUCUUCUCCGAAGCUGACGGUUUAGUUGGGGAUAGCUAAGAUCUGCAUGUGAGGUUAGGUGAGACCGCAGCAGGACAGGAGAAAUGACACAGGUCCUGUGUCUUGGAAGUGGCUCGUGGCACACAGUAAGUGCUGUCCAUCCGAGAGGACGGACCGCCGGUGCCUCGGGGGGUCAGGAAAGAUCUUACUGACGCUAAGGAUUGGAUGGGCAGAAUUGGAGGGCAAAAUGGAAAGCAUUUAGAGUGAAGGAAAUAUAGGCAGAGGCAAGAGCGCUCGUGAUUUGGAAGCACGCGAGUCGACCUGAGGUACGGGGUCUGUUCAGUUGGGCAGUUGUUGGCGGUACGUUGGCAACGGAACUUGGGGACAGACUGGGAGGGCAAGAAUGCCUCUUUGACUUCAUUCCUAAAGUAUCUCUAAAAUUAUUGGUCAUUGGAAAGGUGAGGACACUCUUGCGUGCAGAGACGGUGAUGUAGCUACAGUGUCACAAGGGAAAGCCCAGCCACUGAAGUGCAGGUCUCUGACCUCAAGUCCUGUCCAUUGCUCUAGGGAUCCCUCACUUCACUGAGGAGAACGCCCGAGUCCCACUCACAGACCUUCUGCCUCACUGCAUUGAAUCCCAGCUGCCUUCAUGGUUGUCUGUGGAGCGUGGACAUGGGAACACUUGCCCGUAAGCAGGCACCGCUGCUGGUUCAGAGCAUAAGGGAAGCCCGACAGUGGACAGGUGCCAGCAGGACCAUAGAGAGCGCAGGGGACCUGACCACCAUCCCGCCGUAAGGGCUUCAGGCUGGCCUUUCCACCUCUUCAAAUUUAAGGGUGUCGAAAUAGGAGACUGACCUACAUUCGAAGGCUCCUGGGGUCGUCUGAGCACAAGGCUUCGCGGUUAGUUAGGGAGGGCGCUAGGGUUCUCUUUGCCUCUAACCUCUCUUUCCCGCAGUUACGUAGUUCUCAUGUUCUCAGUUCCCCAACAACUGCUCUGCAGAACUGGUUUACAGUUUCUUGGUUUGCAUACCUUCUGGAGCAUAUCAAAGAGCCAAAGUUAGUGACUGUCUCUUGGGACUCCUGAGAACAGAUGAGCCGAUGACUGUUUGGCUUUGCUCCUGUUCUGCUGGGUGAGCAGUUCCGUCCCGGACAACGGCCUGUGGCCCUUACUGGGGGUAGCCGGCAGCCACAGAGAGGUGCACGUGGCUCCUGGUCUGUUUGUCUUCUUUACAGAGGAUUUUUGACCUUCACUGAGCUGUCCUUUGAUUUCCUUCCCUUGCUACCUUGGCAUGGCCGACUCUGCAGCUUCUGAGAUCAACCUCUCACCCCGCCCACCUCGCCCUACACAACUCCAGGGUCCUCUCACCCCUCACCGCUAGCCGCUGAGUGGUCUGAAGCGGUGAGGCAAGGGGGAGGGGAGAAACGGAUAAUUACCCUCCUUUAACCACUCCUAACUGCUGCUGUACCUAGCCCCGAGCCUCCAUCCCAUCUCCUCCCGGCUCCUGUAAUGCACUCUGCCGCCUUUCCCCACGGCCCCCGUCUCUGGCCUCUCCGUCUGUCGCCCUGUCCAGAACACAAGAGUAUUAUCACUGGUUUGGAACCAGAAGAGUCCCUGGAGAAAUACUUGUGAUGUCCCUUCUGAGCUGUAAGUGUGAGCACGUUUUCCCAUAAAAAUAACAAUCGUGUUAGUACCAUAAUGGGCAUAUUAUGACACGUGUCAGAUUUGGUUUGGGAUUGGAAUUUACGUGACCAUGGGAGAACAUUCUGAGUUCACAACAGAGCAAAGCCCGUGAACAUUUGAAAACUCAGUCACAAGUUGAGGGCUUCUUAUUUAGGUGUUUUUUCCCUAAGACCAGCCUGGGAGCUGCGCACAUGAGACACUGAGGCAGCUGGGGUUGGGAACUAACGCUUCUUUACAUCCAGGACACAGUUUGUUGCCCCGAGUGAGCCUGAGAACUCCGAGCUGUGUGUGUUCCCCUUCCCAGCUCGGCCGGCCUCGCAUCUCUCACGCCCGCACGCUCCUCGGUGCUUAGUGACGAGAACCUGUAUGAGCAUGUCUCGUCACCGGAUCGGAAUUCAGACAUGGUGGCCAAACUGACGUCACUCCUAGGAGUCCCUUUGAGCCUUUCGAAGCCCACUGCUCAUGGGAACAUGGUUCUUUUUUAUUUUUUUAUUUUUAAAAGAUUUUAUU